AGCUGGAAUCUUUCUCGGCAGCACCCACUUGGCCAAAGGAACCGACAAGACUACGGUGCUUAUGAGAUGGCAGCCUUUCUGCUGCUGCUUGUCCUUGGACUGCUUCUUGUAGAGCCUUCCGAAAGCAAAACGAAGGGGGCCAGGGAACAAUUUUCCCAGGAAGAGACGCCACCUGCUGCAAAACAGACUCCUGAGGAAUCAACAAACUCAACCCUGUCAGAUGAAAACAUCAGCCUCGGCAUAUCCAAGCACGUGAUGUCUGCCCCACCCCGAACAUCCAGAAGGCUAUCUUUUGUCAUCCCCAAGAGAAAUACUGUGAGGAAUGGCAGGGACUGUGUACAUAGCCCGAGAGUCUGGAGAACAGAUGUAGAGGUGAAUGAGUCUUGCCAGUUGGACAAUAACUUUAUCCACGGCUCCAUGGAUGUGAGCCACGGAAUUCCCAAGGCCACCAGCGGCAAGUGCGAACAAACACCUAACCUAAGAUACUGUGAUAGCUUAGGACUGGAGUGUACCAUGUGCAAGGUCCUUGCAGGCCACCAGUGCCCCAGGUACCAUGAGCACAGGAUAACCUCAUUAAAGAGAAUCUUGACGGUGCUGACAAGCCAUUCUCUGAUGAGCUGGUUAGUUACUGGCUGUUAGGUUGGAAAUCACAGGCUUUGGGACUAAGGAAGGACUGGUUCAUGGUCAUUGUUACUUCUACCCUUCUGCUUCAUACAUCUUUGCUCUGGUACCCGGUGAACACUGUACUAACCCGAGGAGUGACACAAAAUAGCCCACUACAGCACAAGCUCAUUAAGAUUUGUAACUGAUCCUAGAACACACACUCCUAUUCUCGCUCUCGCUCUCGCUCCCUCAAACUGAAUUCCUUCCUAGUUUAGCUAUAAAGCUGCCCCAAAGCUGAGGUUGUCCAAGCGGACAAAGGUAAGGAGAGUGAAUGAGGGUGAGGUAUGCACUCAGUCCUGCUCUUCCAAGGAGGGUGAGCAUGUGUGUGCAGCUGAGACUGCCUGCCUCCCACCCAGCUGGGGGUUGCCUGCCCUCCGGGAGAUGUCUCAGCGUCCACAGUUCCAGCACUGUACAACCUGCAUUCGUCUGCCACUGUUCCUAUCUCAGGACUGCUGCAGAGAGAAAAUGAAGCUCUUGUCACAGCCAGGCAACGUCUUGCUACGCUAGAGCUGUUCCCUCGGAGGGGGCAAACCAUGGGAAAUACGGAAAGUAGUGUUGGAGGUGUCAAGUUUACAACACUUUUCAGGCAGGGUUAUCUUCAAUCUCGAUGCUUUCUCUACCAAUCGUAAGCCCUCAGAGUCAACAGUGCGUGAAGCACAGACUGUUACUGCAAUGUUACUCAUAGUUGUGCAAAUGUAUGUGCCCGUUUGCCCUCUGAUGUCUUUCCCUCACCGCAGGACAACUAACUCCCUUUUUAAACAUCCUUAUUUGAAAUAAACGCGUGCAAAUGA